CUGUCUGGCCAGCUACAGGUCAGACUCCAGCAGGCUGGCUUGCGUCACAAAUACGGCGGUAACUAGGGCUGCGUUACCAUCAGGAACGUCGUGAGAGGGCGGAUUGGUUUGUCGUGGAUAAGCAAAGAGGGCGACACGAGUGUGCGUAGAGAUGGCCAACACAGCGAAUGGGAGUCUCCGCAGCUACUCACGCGAAGCAAGCUGGCCGUUUCGACUACAGCACAGGAGAUCGCCACUCCACAGCAUGCCUAGUUUUCCGAGCUUUACGGUUAUCGAUAGGCCGGGAUUUGGUUUGCCCCUGCAUAACUCACAGGCCUCAGCGCAGACCUCAAACCUGCCCUCGCGCCCCCUGUACAGAGGCUUCCCUCCAUCGAGGCCGUCUCCGCUCUUUUGUUUCAGAAACAAUUAUCAUCCGAAUGUCCCAAGGCCAAUCACCAACCAUUGGGACCUGCCGAGAGGUCUGAUCGCUUGCUGCUACACCACUCAUCCCGUACUCCCUCCCCUGCCGCUAAACCAGGACAGGUAUUGGAGCCGGAGAGGUCCAUCUAUCGUUGCAUGAGAGACUUACCCUGUCGAAUAGCCUAUGCUUCUCGACGAUGAUCCGCCAGGCACUGGCUCCUGGUCCCUGACAUCGCUGUACGAGUCCCUCCAGACCGCCACAGAAUAGGGAGGUGGGCAAAAAUGGGCAUCCUAUAUAACCCAAGUCUGUUCCGCCUUGUGUUCCCUCCUCACCGCACGCACACCACCACAGUUCCUGUUGACUUGUCUCUAUUUAUUCUUG